AUGUAAGACUCAGAUAUAGAAUCAUAAAUGUUAUAUCAAUCUAUUGCUGAAUAGUAAGAUGAUGUAGAAGAUAAACAAAUAAUAGUGAGCAGUCUAACAGAUAUGAAUGAAGCAUAAGAUGAAUCUAUUCAGAUAAAUUUUGAUAGAGAAUUGAUCUCAUAAUUAGAGGAAGAGAUUGUGAUAUUGUAGAGAAAGAAUAUCUACUUAACAGAUCAAUUAAAAGAUAAAGAUAAUUAAAUCUCAUUACUUAAAGAGAGGUUGCAAAAACAAACAUUCAUUAAUGAAACUCAUCAAAUUGCUGAAGUAUAACUAAAAUAAUAAAUUGAAGAACUCAAGAAUAAAAUAUCAGAACUUCAUUAUCAAAAUUAAAUAACCAUUAAUCAAACAUAAAUUUAAACCAUUCCCAAAAUUAAUUUAGAUUUUAGUUGGGUAAAUCAUAUUGACAGAGAUCAUUCUCAUGAUGGAUUAUUAGAACGUUAUGAUCGUUUCAAAUAUUCUAAGCGUCUUGUACCAAUCUAAAUUAAAUAACCCCAUUAAAUUCAAUAAAGUCCAUAUUUUGAAUAGUUAUCUGAACGGAAACAAAUUAUACAAAGAAAGCGUCUCAAUAAUUUAUGA